AUGGGCAACGCUAUCCCCAAGGGUGAGAAUAAACAGAAUAUAUUUCUUUCUGCAGGUGAUCCUCUGAGGAUUGUGAUGGUUGGAAAAACUGGUGUUGGGAAGAGUGCCGUUGGUAACAACAUCUUGGGCAAAAGUAAAGAUGUUUUUAAGUCUGAAACAAGUUCAGAAUCAGUGACGGCGACCUGUGAGAGAGAAACGGCUGUAUACUCCAGAAGGAUCAUCGUGGUCGACACCCCUGGUAUUAUGGACACGUCUAAAAGUGCAGACAGCAUAAAUAAAGAGAUCGCAAAAUGCAUCCAUAUGUCGUCUCCAGGCCCUCACGUCUUCCUGCUGGUCCUUCAGAUCGGCAGAUUCACCAAAGAAGAAGAAAACUGUGUGCAGGCCCUGGAGAAGAUGUUUGGACCAAAGGCAUCGAACUACAUGAUCGUCCUGUUCACUCAUGGAGACAAGCUGAGUCAGGACAACAUGAGCAUACAUGACUAUCUGCAAACCGGCCAUGUGAAACUCAGAGAGCUGCUGAACAGAUGUGGCGACAGGUUUCAAGUCUUCAACAACAAGAGCAAGGACAAAAUUCAAGUGGUCGAGCUGAUCAAGAAGAUUGAUAAGAUGGUGUCAGCAAAUGGGGGAUCGUACUACAGCGAUGAAAUGUUCGAAAAGGCCCAACAGAUUCUGCAGCAGAGUCCAAACAAAGACACAGAAGAGCCGCUGAUUCACAACGCAUCCUUCAUGACUGAACUGCUGGAAAAAAUAGUCCAGUUUCAGGUCACACUGUCUGCAUCAGACGAAGGUGACUCAGACCCAAGAUCCUCCAAAUGACUUC